UCAACAACCCUGGUCGCCACACGAGAAGAACUCAAAGCACAAAACUGCAUUGGCUUUUAAUUGCAAACAGUUUGCCAACGGCAGUUAACUUCCUCACAUAUUCCCGGAACGAUGAAGCUGCUUCCUUUACUCUGGAUACUGAUCAGUUCCAGUAGCCUGCUCCUGGUUUCAGGCGAGGAGAAAUCGGCAAACACUGUCACCGAUUCCAAGGUGAUCGCUGGGAACUUGUCGACUGCACCGCUUGGAAAUGCCACCCAAGGGGGUACUUCACCGGCAGUGGUCGUUCCUGGAACACCGGCUACCCCACCAGCUGUCCAGCAAGGCAACCAGAACUCAGCGAAGGCAGAAGUACCAGUCGAAAAGGCAAAGGAUGUGACUACCACUACGGACAAUGGAGCCAAGACCAGAAAGCGUCCAUUACCAACAUCCUCCUCGAUUCCGAGUGCAUCUACAGCUGCCAAGCCUGCCACCCAGGCCAAGGGGGAUGCAACUGCUGCUGCCAGUCCAUCUUCCAACAGCACUUCAUCGGCUACAUCAACCACGACAACGACUGCAAAGCCGCAGGCUGCAGGAUCAGCCAUAGUAGCCGAGGGUCAGUCCUUGAGCGAUGUGACCAAGGCGUCCAGCAGCUCCAAACCCAACAAUUCCACUGCGGCCACAACAAAAUCAGCUAUUUCUAGCACCUCAACGACCACCACUACCACCACAACCACCACCACUACGACCACUACCACUCCCAAGCCCACUAAACCGCCUGUUGCCUUUGGCAUGAACACGCACAAGGAGUGGGAGGAAGAGCAGAAGCAGGAGUCAGGUCCACCGAAGGGCAAUGAUAAGAAGAAUAAGGAUAAACCGGCAGCGGCCGGCGGUGCUUCGUCUCAGCCUUUGCCAGUGCCAUCUUCUACGCUCGCCGAACCGGUGACUCCUGUGGUGCAAGAGCUGACCAGCAAUCUGGCCGAUCGUGGCGGCAACGUGUAUGUGGUGCCAAUUGUCACUGUGCUGCUCACCGUGCCGCUGGCCAUCGGUGUGGUGAUCGUUAUGUAUCGUCGCUUCCGUGACAUGUGGAGCACCCGCCACUAUCGCCGCAUGGACUUCCUGGUAGACGGCAUGUAUAACGACUGACGAAGGCGGAAUCAAUCCGAACUAGCCCUGUCCACAUACUCCUCAGACCAUACUUCCUACUCUUUGACUGGAAUUCGUUAGCCUCUGAAGCUCUCUGAAGCUGGAGAAUAAUUAUUAGUUGUAAAGCUGCAAGCGCUUGCAUCAAAUGCAAGAUCUCUCGAGUGAGAAAGGAUACAACACACAUACACACACACAAACUAGGAUAUUGCUCAGUCAAUUAAAACAAAUUAGGGAGAAGUACGAGUAGAGAAAUCGCUUUAAAUUUUACUUCCAAGCGGCCAAAUUGAAUUUAAAAAAACCAAACUGAUUUUUUUUUUUAAUCGAUGCAAAAUUGAGACGAUGACUUUUAGGCAUUUUGGAUUUUAUGUCAAGCAUUUGUUAGAAAUCAGCAAGGACGAACCACACACACACUUACACUCAUAAACACUUACAUAGUCUAUAUGUGUUUGUGCAUAUUAUAUAUCUAAUUAGAAAGUAUAUAAGUAUAUUGGGAAGCUGCGACCAAAUUGUAUCGACUUUACCUAAUCAUCCAUCAAGCGCAAUUAGCAAUCACACUCUCAUUCGAUCUAGUAUCUAACCGUAAUGUGCCUUACGAAUCAGCUCUAUAUAGAUACAUUUAUAUAUACAUAUGUAUAUGAAAAUACCUGUACACUUUGAUAUUCUGAUAAUCUCAAACUUUCUAGAUUGAGAUGUAUUUUCCGCAUUUACUUUACGCAACUCACUCAAAAACACAAUACAAGCUACAAACAAAAAAAAGCAGCAGAAACCAAAAAAAAAAAAAAUUAUAUAAAAAUCACAAGCAAUCGGCCUGAAACAAGCAAAUUUAUUGCAUAACUUUGUGUAGAUAUAUAUACUCUAUAUAUACAAAUAAUUUUUGUUGUUGUCAAUGUAACAAUUACAAUAAAGCGAAAGGCAUUCAAAUCAAA